UCAAACCCAAGUAAAGAUAUGUAAUCAACAUUGAUAGAAUUGCGUACUGUGAAACAAUAUUAAACUGGUCCAUUAGAGAUCAGUGAUUUUGGUACAAAAAGAGGAAGAGAUGAGUCCAAAAAUGAUGAAGAACAGGCCCACACGGAGACACAAAAAUAGAAGCAAUUGGCUUAUAAGCAGGACAAAGGUUGGGGUGGGGGCAUUGGAUUUGUGGGUGACUUUGAGUUUGCUUUCUUCUUAUUUACCCUUCUCUUUAGCUUUGGUUUCUUGCAUGGAUUUCUCCUCUCAACAUAGCCAUGCCUAACCUUAGCUUACUUUCUUCGUUGUUCAUCGCCAUCAUUAGCAAUAAAGGUAGCAGCACCUCCGCAAACUUCGAACAUUUUUCUCUCUUUUAUUUUUCAUCCCUUAAAACUUUCAACUGCCCAACAGAAGCAUUCCUUUUCCACUUUUUGUGCAUCAGAUCCUCUUCUUUCUCCAUGACUAGAAUUCAUCAAAUCUGAGAUGGGUUUUGUGUCAUCAGAUCACACAAAAGAUAAGAUCAAGCUGGAGUUUACUACUUUACUCACUAAAUUUGAGCUCCCCACUUUGAUUAUUUCAUCUGGGUCGUCUUGUUCUUCUUUGUUUUCUUUCUAUUUCUGAGUUUUGGUUGGAUUUUGGAUCUCUUUCUGCUUAUUCCUUCCUUCAAUUCUAGUUCUUGUUUAUGGAGGGUGAUCGAGAGUUCAAACACUUGUGCAAGUUAUGCAACAGGAGCUUCCCUUGUGGGAGAUCUUUGGGAGGUCACAUGAGGUCCCAUUUGAUCGAAAGUCAAGCUGAAACUGGUGAGAAUCUUAAGAAAAUGAAACUGGUGGAUAAGUUUGUAGGAGCUGGCGUGUCUGAUGGUUAUAGUCUAAGAAAGAAUCCCAAAAAGACUUGCAGGCUUGCUGAAUUCAGUGCUGAGGACAGGUUUUGCAGAGAAUGUGGUAAGAGCUUUCAGUCAUGGAAGGCCCUGUUUGGGCACAUGAAAUGCCACUCCAUAGAAACUGAGAGAGUGUCUAGUAAUUUGGAGUUUGAGGGCCACUCAGAUGAUGAUCAUGGUAAUAGAUCUAGGAGGAAAACAAGGUACAUGGCUGCUGAAACUGAUUCUUCAUCCGUUUCUGAUCACAAUGAUCAAGAACAAGAAGAGGUGGCUUUGUGUUUAAUGAUGCUUUCUAGAGACGUUGGUGGGUUUUAUUCAACCACCGCUGAGUCUUUGCUCCCAAAAACUCACUUCCCCAAAGUUGUUCAAGCAAUUCCUUCUGUAUGUAUGGGAAGUAAGAUGGUGAAACUCAAAGAAUUCCACAGCAGAAUGGAUUCUGGGUAUCUCAAAUUUGAAAGGACAACCUCAGAAUUCAGUGCUUAUAUUGUGAAGAUGAACAAGAACAAUGAAAAAUAUGGGUCAAGUUCUAACAAUCAAACCGAGUUGAACCCACCUCAGUUCAUGUCAAGUAGGUUCAAUUCAGAUCAGAGGAAGUAUCAGGAGCUUUCUAAUGGGGAAUUAAGGUCAAAUUCGUUUAAAAGAUCAUCACCUAAUGAGCUAAACUCAGAAGGCUACAAAAGCAGAGUAAAGAGAAGCAAAUUUCAGUGUAAUUCUUGCCAUAAGGUGUUUCACUCAUAUCAAGCACUUGGUGGGCAUAGAGCCAGCCACAAGAAAGCCAAAGGAUGCUUAGCUUCAUCGAAGACAGAAAGCAGUGAAAACAGCAUCGAAACAGAAAUUUCAAUCGACCCAACUUUUGAAAGUAAGCCCACAGCCACAGUUUAUGAAAUGGAAAAUCAGCAGGAACCAGAGAUUCAUAUGGGGUAUGAGAAAAAGAACAGAAAGCAUCAUCAAUGUUCAAUUUGCUUCAGAAUCUUUAGUUCAGGCCAAGCUUUAGGCGGCCAUAAGAGGUCCCAUUUGAUAAGUGGGUCGGAACCCAGAAACAAAAUGCCACAACAAACCACACCGAUUCGAAAACCAGAGCCGGAGUUGAGAGACUACCUGGAUCUGAACCUCCCAGCGCCAAUCGACGAAGAGGGCAGCAGCAACCAUUUGAGCACAAUCGAGCCAUGGUGGGUCGGUGGGAGCCAAUCGCACGAGCCGCCAUUAGUGGGUUUGAUUUGA